AUGAAGGCUCUCCUCACUCUGGGACUCCUCCUGCUUUCUGCCACUGUUCAGGCCAAAGUCUAUGAACGCUGUGAGUUGGCCAAAAUUCUGAAAAGUAAAGGAAUGCAUGGCCAUGCUGGAUUCAGGCUGGCAGACUGGCUGUGUUUAGUUCAUCAUGAGAGCGGAUAUAACACCCAAGCUAUAACCCACCAUAACCGAGUCGCAGACUAUGGGAUAUUUCAGAUAAAGAGCCGAUUGUGGUGUGAUGACGGCAAAAACAAAAACCCACGAAAUGGCUGUGGGAUACCCUGCAGCGCUCUGCUGCAGGAUGACAUCACUCAAGCCAUAGAAUGUGUAAAGACGGUUGUGAGGCAUGGACAAAGCCUUUUAGCAUGGGUGUCAUGGAGAAAUAACUGUAAGGAGAAAGAUCUGUCUCAGUAUGUUCGGGACUGUGGAGUCUAA